AGCAACUUUCUUUCCUCAGUGUACUUUGAGCUGUCGUUUUGUCCGGUUGUCUUUUGCAAGUGUUAAACAUAUUUCCAGUCACCGUUGUCGUCGUUGUACUUGUACUACUACGGGUUUUCGAUCGAAAGUGAAUAAUUUUUCUAUUUCCCGAAAAUCUUCUUCCGUGUCUGCCGAAACUCAUCCGCAAUUAAGUGAAGAACACAACUGUGGAUAAUUAACUCAAUAAACAAACUUAAAAACAAAAGGAAAAAACACUCCCUCAAUCAUGUCUGAAGAUAACCAAGAAAAUGGAGCUUCUAACGGCGAUGUCCCAGAAAUUGAAUUGAUUAUAAAGGACGAACCAAAAUUCAUCGAAGUGUCUGAAUCAGAAGAAGAUUGCGUGUUACCGAAAGAGCCGGAUCCACUACUUCAGCCAGUUCUGGCCGUUUGCUCAGAAAAUGAUCAGUAUAUUUUAUAUGAAUUAAAAACCAUUCGUCAACCGAGUUGUAGCUUUAUUGUCACAAAUCCUAUACAGCCACCAUUUCCUCAAUGUGCUCGUCAAAUAGAUGUUCCAACUUGUGAUAGCAUCGUUUCCACCGUUACCCAAGUAAUAGCUACUCCGGGACCAUACACAAUUAGUGUUGAAAUACCUGUUGAAACUGAUCAGAUGGUUAAUAAAUGUAAGGAGAACAGCCCCAAAACAAAGCGUGCUCUAGCUAAAACAAAGCGUGCCUUAGCACGUGAAAGACUCGAUGAUGCUGUAGCAGCCGUGAUCAAUGAAGAAAUGACCAUUGGUAAAGCUGCAAAGGAAUUCGAAGUGACAAAGAGUACUUUAUGGAAGGAAGUUAAUAAAUACAGUGACCAGCGGAAAAAGAAAGUCAACGAAGAUCUCAAUAAAAAGAUUGUUGAUCGCAUUUGUGCGGGCGAAUCUCUUUCAGAAAUUUCAAGAUCCUUAAAGGUUUCCAAAUCUACAGUACACCUACAUAAAGUUCGACUAGCCCAAGCUGGUAAACUGCCAUCGAGUGUUAGUUUCAAGCCCCCUGUUGACAAAGUGGAACAACUUGAGAUUAAAAAUCGUCUAAUUCGGGCUUUUCGUGCUGUCCGAGUGAAUGGCAUGUCGUUGCGUUUAGCUUCCAGUUACUUUUCAGUGCCACGAUCGACGCUGUGGAAACACAUCCGCAGGUGCAAAGCCAACCAAAAGAAACAAGAAAAAGCACAGCUUGGCAAUGAUCCUGAAAAAUCUAUGAACGAUAGUCUCAAGAAAAUAGACUUGAAGGAAUCAAGUGAAAAUGAAGUUGAUUCAUCAGAUGAAAACAGUUCAAAUGAAGUGGAAAAUGAUGAAGAUGUUUGUGUAACAGGUGAAAAUACUUCGGAUGUACAGUCUACAACAACUGCAGAUGAUUUUCAAGAUGACUUUGAUUUAUUGGAUUUUUAUUGCGAGCAAAACAAUCCAAGUGAAGAAGGAGACUUUUUAAUAAGUUUUGAUUUUGAAACUUUUGAAGACUAUGUUAAGACUGAUCUUAAAAGAUAAAAUUUAUAUAAAAUUGUUUGUGUAGGUUACUCAAAAUUGAUUGUCCUGAUUAAAUAAGUAUUAAUGUAAUAAAUUAAAAUAAUAUUUCUUUCUAUAAAACUAUG